UGUGCGAAAACCAAUCGAUCAGAUUGACAUUCAGAUCAAUAUUGUCAAUGUCUUUUGUAGAACGGAAUCUGUGAUUGAUGAUUGCCAAUUAAAAAGAAAACCUCAACAACAACAACAACAAUAACAACAGCAACAAAAAUCAUGUUCAACACCGGUCUAUUUAAUUCUGAAGAUACCAAAUUAGAUUAUAUACUUAAAAUAUCAACAUUGGUUAAUGUUUUUUGUUUAUUUGUGAAUUCAUUUUUUGGUUAUUGGAUCAGUUUGGAUAAAACAGAAUGGGGUGAUUAUCGAAAUUCAUGGAGUGUUUUUGCAUCCACUGCCGUAUUAUUCUAUAUAUCCGUUGGUAUUUUAUCAUUUUCAACAUUCAUUGCAAUGUGUCGUCAUUAUUCACAUUGUUUAAUUAUAAACGGUAUUAUAUCGUUUAUAUUAUUUUUCAUCGGUUUAUUUCAUCCGGGAAUUCGUGAAAAUUUUUUCUGUUUCAUACUACUAUUCAUGGCAACAUUUCAAUUUCUUAUACUUGGCUAUUAUUAUCGUACUAUUGAUCAAUGUCAACUUCGUCAACAUGGUUAUGAUUGUCGUGGAAAAUGUAUACAACAAGAAUAUCUUAAUCAAUUAAAAUCAUGGGAUGAUUCAAUGUUUUCCGGACGUAUUCAAUCAUUAUUUUCUAAUACAUUUCAAAAUUUUAACAAUAAUAAUGAAGAUGGUAAUAAUAAUGAUAAUAAUAAUGGAAAUCAAUCAUCAAUGACUGAAAUACAUUUUCAUAAUUCGAUUGAACAACCGGAACCACCACAAAUGCCACCUCCAAAACCAUCGCGAACAAAUUUGUCGACAAUCGAAACUAUCAAGGAAAACAACUGGCCCACAACUGACAACAAUGAUAAUCCGAUGACAAUGAAUGUCGAUUUAAUAGAAUCACAAUCAAUAUCGAAUGUGGAUAAUUUAAUGUCAUCACAAACAUCAUUGACAACAAAUCGAUUUGGUCAUCGACGUCAACCAAGUCAGGGUAGUCAAUCAAAUCAAUCGAUGACCAAUCAAUUACAACAUUUAGAUCCUUCAUCAUUUCUACAAUUUUCUUGAUUAAUGAUUAUUGAUUUAUCGAUUGAUUUUAAAUGAAUAAUUUUUUUUUUGCUUAUAACUGAA